CUCCCGCCUCCCGCUCUCCCUCGGUUCGUUCCCAGUCCCUCUCUCCGUGGCCGGCCCAGCGCUCCGGGGGCACUCCGGUCUCUUCCAGGAAGGCCCGGGCAGCAUCGGGAUGAAGACGGCCCUACUGCCCGUCGGGUUGGUGGCCUUGUUCUGCUCCCUGCAGACUUGGACCCAGACGUCGGCUCAGACCGACGUCCCCGUGCAGCCCGAUUUUCAGCCGGACAGGUUCCAAGGGAAAUGGUACGUCGUUGGACUGGCUCUGAGCUCCAAGCCGGUCAAGGGGGGCUAUUUCAAGAUGUACUCCACUACCUACCAGCUGCUCCCUGACCAGAGCUUCAACGUCACCUCUAUCCUGCUCAGGGGACAGCGGUGUGACAAGUGGAUCAGGACGUUCGUCCCGAAAGAUCAGCCUGGCAGGUUCACCCUGAGCAACAAAGGGGCCCAUAGAGUGAAGGACUACACUGUCAGUGUUAUGGAGACAAACUAUGAGGAAUAUUCCAUCGUGCAUUUUAGGAAGGACGUGGCCAAUAAGACAUUCUACAAGAUAACCCUUUAUGGGCGGACAAAGGAGCUGAGAUCAGAACUGAAGGAGAGAUUUGUCCAGGUGGCCGAGGAACAGGGCCUCAGAGAUGACCACGUUGGUUUCCUGCCCAAAAUUGAUGAAUGCAUCGAUGAGAACUGAGCCAAAACACGAAACGCGGCCCCAGUUUCCACGCUCAAAGGAAGGCAUGAGAUUCAGAGCUGCCCUGGGGGGGCUGCGAGGGGGUCUCCGCUCCCCUCCAGCCCCCCGCUCAUCGCUGUCCCCCACUUGCUGCUUCUCUAAGCUCUUCCCCAACGUGACGCCACCAAAUAAAGACGGAGUCAAUGCAACCUGGCUGCCCAAUCUCCUUGGAA